UAGCUACAUUAACCAUGAAAGUAUUUGGUGUGCUAGCAUUAACAUUGGCUUGCGUUUCAGCAGCCUCCAUACCUGAAACUCCAGUAUUUCUUAAAGAUUUAAAAGGCACAAAAGUUACUCAAGGUCGAAUUAUUAAUGGAAGUCCUGCUCACCCCGGUCUAUUCCCUUAUCAAGUUGGUCUAGCACUUGAAGAUGGAUUGGGACCAUUUUGGUGUGGUGGUUCUUUAAUUGGUAAAGAAUGGGUCUUGACUGCUGCCCAUUGUACAAAUAAUGUGAUUUCUAUAGUCGUAUAUUUGGGAAGCACUGAACGUACAGUUGCUGAAGUCACUUAUAAUCUUGACUCCAGUUCUAUUGUUCAACAUCCCAACUUCGAUCCCACUACUUUGUCCAAUGAUAUCUCUUUAAUUAGAAUUCCUGAAGUUACCUACAGCAAAUUAAUUCAACCUGUUAAACUACCAGCCAUGUCCAACUCAUAUCCAUCUUUUGUGGGUAGUUACGCUCUCGGAACUGGUUGGGGUGCUGAUCGUGACUAUGGAUGGCCUGUAGAAACAUUGAGCUUUGCUUAUUUCCAAGUCAUUAGUAAUGCUGAGUGUUCUCAAACUUAUGGCUCACUUAUCAACAGUGGAACACUUUGUGUUUCGACCACCACCGGUUACUCUAUUUGCCAGGGUGACUCGGGCGGCCCAUUGGUUUUGGACUCUACAAAGGAACUUAUUGGUGUUACAUCUUUCACAUCAGCUCUUGGUUGCGAAGCUGGUUCACCAGCUGGUUUUGCUCGUGUCACCACUUACUUGGACUGGAUUAAGUCCAACACUGGCAUUUCCUACUAAUUUAUAUAAAUACUGUAUUA